CAUCACACAUCCCAACACACCAGCAGAGGAAACAUAACCUCAGGAGUCAGGUCCUUCCCCUCACUGCUGUUACAUACUCGAGGAGAGAGGACCGAGGACAAAAGCCAGCUCUUGUCACUCAAGGUGCUUGCUGCAAACGUUCCCUUUCUCAAGAGCUCUUUUCAUCAACUUCCACUCAGACAAGAUGUUGGUACUACUGGCCGGGAUCUUUGUGGUCCACAUUGCCACAGUCAUCAUGUUGUUUGUCUCAACCAUUGCAAAUGUGUGGGUAGUUGCAAAGAAUGGGACCUACUCUGCGGGUCUUUGGAAUAUCUGUGAUAAUGGGAAAUGUAAUGAAGCCCUACCAUAUGCAGAGGAGGAUGCCCUCAAAUCCGUGCAAGCCUUCAUGAUUCUGGCCAUCAUCUUCUCCGUCAUUUCUCUUAUCGUUUUCAUAUUCCAACUCUUCACCAUGGAAAAAGGAAACCGGUUCUUCCUCUCGGGUGCCAUGAUGCUGGUUUGCUGGUUAUGCAUUCUGAUUGCCGUUUCCAUCUACACUGAUAAAUAUGCUAACCACAACCUUAAAUUCCCAAUUGAUCACCACGGAUACUGCUUUAUUCUGGCCUGGAUCUGCUUCUGCUUUAGCUUCAUUAUUGGUGUCCUCUAUCUGGUCCUUAGAAAGAAAUAAGGCUGCUGGAAUUUUUUCUGUGGGGUUUGGGGGAGGGUGCUGGGAGGGGAAAGCUGUUGAAACUGGGAGGGAAGUGGGAGUUGCUCUGCUAGAAGAACCAUAUAAAGGGUGGGAUGGGAGGAUGGGGCGGGCAUGGGAAGGGGAAGAACUAGACUCAUCACUGAGAAAAAUCACUACCACCACAAACCCUACCCUCAAGAGAAAGCAGGCUGUGAGAAGAAGCUGCUCUGAUCUUCCUUGGAUACCACAGGCCAGAGAGCUUCCCAGAAACCACCAGGAUUGGUCCUCCUGCUGUUCUAAACUCUGUUGGACUUGCCAGAUUAUCAUGCCAUUGACUUCCUAGCAUGGUGGAGAAGCAGUGAAGUUCUCACUCCUGAGGAAUCAAGAAAGCCCCUUCUCACCAAGUUAAAAUAGCGGUACAAGUUCCUGGCAACCACCGUGGUGUUAUUUUUGUGCUGAUUGUGCUAAAUCUGGAAGCAAACCCUCCCUUCCUACUCAGAGCAAAACAUUAAAUCCCUGUUACAAAGUGGCCCUAAACCAAGCUGUUGGCAAUCAUCUGAUAAUCUCUGUUAUGAUUAGCCUGAGUAAUCAGAAAAAGUAAGUCACAACAAGUAUGUGAGUGCUUGGUUCAAUACCUGACAGAUAGGAAGUGUUAAUAAAUGCUUGCUGAUUGAGGCAGAGAUUUCAGGGGGAAGACAAAGCAAGUAGUAUGGCUAUUGUGAUGGAGGUGAUAGAGAAUAGAGGAUUUUAUACCCAGAAGGGACCCCAAAGGUCCUCUAAUCCAUUCCCUACCCACAGAGUAGCUGAUCAAAACGCACAUUCAUCCCACAUGGAGGCCUCUCACCACUGAAGUUUGCUGGGCUCCUUGCCUAGACUCUGAGGCUAGGAGCUUCUGCAAAGCCAUUAAUUAACUACAAAGUCUACAGUGAAUAUAACAUGCAAGCUAUGGGACCAAAGAAUUGUCUGGAAAAGAAUACCAAAUUUCCUGAACCAUGCUCCUAGGAACUUUUUUUGAUGUUGAACUCAAUGUUUUAGUUGUCUACAAAUUUUUCUUGCUUGUAUAUGGGAAGGCAGUAAACACAACUUUUUAUAUACUCUCCUUUGAGUUUUCUCCCACAACAGAGAAAGUGUGGUCUAACAAUCUGGGCAAGAAUAUCCUAACUGGGGUUUUAUUACUUUGUUCUAGCCCUGAUGCCUAAUAUGAUACGGGAGUAUGUUAUAUCAUUUCCUUGAAGUUCAAUUUCUCAUAUUUGGAGGCCCAGGAUCUUACAUCCUUUAGAAGUUACCGAGUCUGGUCUUCUCAUUAUACAAGAAACUGGGGUUCAAAGACCUUAGCUUUGUCAGAUGGUCAAUAACAAUCCUGAUUAACUUCAGAGCAGGGCUUCUUAAUCCUUUUUUUUGUGUUAUGGGUCGCUUCGAAAAUUCUGGUGAAGCCUACGGACCCCUGCUCAGAAUAAUGUUUAUUUCAUAAUUGAAGGAAAAGUUAAAUUUCACUUAGAAGUUAGUGUAAAUAAAGAUAUAUUCUUCCUCCUCCCAUUUAAGUUCACAGAUUCCCUGAAAACAAUUCAAAGACCUCUUAGAAGGUCUGUGAACCCCAGGUUAAGAACCUGUACCUUACAAGGUAGAGAAAAUUAUUAAAAAAGCUAUUUCAACUAAAAUUAAAUUAAACCAACAGAAAGGACCUUGGGUGAAAGGUGCUACCUUAUUGUGAAGUAUUAUUAUGUCAUAGCUCAGUUAUGAGAACAGAUUGCUUGCUUCCUUACUUCCUGCCAAAAAGCAGAACAUUCCCCCAAGACAAAUAAAAUUUUAGUAAAUAGGUAGUUAAGUUCUUUUUAUAAAGUGACUCUUAUGGUACCUGAUCAGGUCAUAAUUGAACUGCUCUGCUGCCAUAGGGGCAUUAAUAUAUAGGAUUGAGUUAUUCUGUUCCUUCUGGUCAACUAGCCAUUGCUUUUCUCCCCUUGGUAGGCAGAGGGGAAAGUGGGGUUCUUAAAGGGACAGUUAGAGCAGCUAUUUAAAGCCAUCUCAGACCUUGGGUUUCUUUUUCUAACGUUUCCCCUUUCCAUGUGAAGGAAGCAGUCUUGGGAAGGAAUUUCAGACAUCUUUCCCUUCUCACUUAACUUUUACUCUCCCAAUAUCUUCUGUACUAUUUUUUUCCCUGAAUUAUGUGGGGUUGUUCUGCCAUGAAUGCUGAUAUUUAUGUAAAAGUAGUAUUAUUAAGCAGUACUGGUGUAUAUUCUAGUUCUAUGUAUAUGCUAGGGGCAGGGCACUGGAUUACCUGAGGGUGAUAGCCAAGUUGGCUUGGAAAAUUGUGGGUUGAUAAUGUUUUAAUGGAAAAGAAAAGUUUGGGCAAGUAGUAAAGGCUUUUAUAACUUCCAAAACACUUAUGCCAUGAGUUAACCAAGGAGAUGUUUGUGUCACUUACAAAGGUCAAAAUGCGUGAGUGAGCAUCAUAUUCCCCUCUUUUCUUUAUGGAACAUUUCCUUCUUAUGUAAUCUGUAUUACAUUGGUGGGCAUGUCCUAGUACUGUACUUGGUUUUUUUCAUGGAAUAAGAUAUUUCAUAUACAGUAAUUGUAAAUAUUUUGAUACAAAUGUUUAUAACUUUAAGGUUAAAAAAUAGAUUCUGAUUCCCUUCACUGCA